AUGUAUACAAAGCCUGGGAAUUACUGAUUUGAUAAUUUUGCUCCGCAGAGAUUUUGAUCAUUUCUUUCUCUCUUUUUCUUCGCUACUUUCCCUUAUGGAACAGACAAAGAUCGUUGUUAUUGGCGCUGGUGUCAUUGGACUUACCACUGCCCUUACUUUAAAAAAAAGAGGAUGGAAAAACGUAAAAAUCAUUGCUAAAUAUACACCUGGUGACAUGGCUAUUGAAUACACUUCUCCAUAUGCAGGUGCGCACUGGAGGACAAUGGCACCCAAUGACAAUCCGCUGCUACAAAAACUGGAUGCAGUUAGCUAUCGAGAAUUUCUUAGAAUUGCUGAACAAGAAAGCAAAUCUAAUACAGGAAUCAUGGUUGUACCAAGCUAUGACUAUUAUCAGGAUAUCAAUCCUGAAUUCACUAACCCAUGGUUCAAGGAUUUGGUUAAAAAUUUUAAAUUUUUAAGAGAGAAAGACGAGCUACCAGAAAAUGCAAAGAUAGGACAUACUUAUACAACAGUUCUUGUCAAUUCACCUAUAUAUCUGAAAUGGCUAGAAAACAAUUUUAAAGGACUAGGUGGCGUUAUUGAAAAAAGAGCUAUUAAUGAUUUACGAGAAGUCCUUCAUCAAGAUGUAGAUGUAGUAAUCAACUGUACCGGUUUAGGGUCUAAAUAUAUAGCUGGUAUCCAAGAUAAGGCGCUUUAUCCAACUCGUGGACAAACGAUCGUAGCCAGAGCACCUCACAUCAAAAGAACACUCACGUAUAUUGGAUCACAUGGCAUUACGUAUAUUAUUCCACGAUCAGAUGGAACUGUUGUUUUAGGUGGCACUGCUAAUAAGAAUGACUUCAACCCAUUUUCUGAUACAGACACGAACCAAGACAUACUAGAAAGAACCAAAAGGCUAUGUCCUGAACUAUCUACAGCUGGUGAUUUAGAAAUUGUAAGAUAUAGCGUUGGCCUAAGGCCAACAAGAGAGGGAGGACCACGAUUUGAAAAUGAAAUUUAUAGAACAGAGAGCGGACGCAAGGUGCUUGUCACCCAUGCAUACGGACAUGGAGGGUUUGGCUAUCAAUCAAGCUGGGGAUCUGCUGAGCAUACAGUUGAAAUGAUGGAAAGAGGGCUGUCCAAGAUACACAAUGCCAAACUUUAGACUAAUUUGAUGAAGAAGGGGAGAAAAAGUUUUUAUUCUAAAAUCUAUGAAUUUGUCUAAACGAGUUUUUUACGAUCUAAAAUGUUAUCUGUAGUUUUGUUAUAUUGACAAAAGUAAACAAAGCAACGUCUUUGCAUACAUCUGUAUUAGAAAAAGUAAGUAAUCAAGAAAGCUGCAGCAAGCAAGGUGCUGAAGAGAGAAGCCUUGUUCAUAUCUGCCAUAUUUUCCAUAAAUUCAAUCUGCUGAUUACUUUCUUCUCCGCCAAUUGUUGCCAAGGGCUCUGUUGCUACAAGCUGCUGUCCUUGAUGAUAAUUAGGCUGCUUGUAUGAAAACUUGUCAUAAGUGUAUUCACGUCCAUCUGCAUCUAUAAAAUAAAAACAGUAUUAAUAAAAGUUCAUUCGUGCUUCUUGAUUAUAUAUUAC